AUGUGCUCAGAAAAGAAAACUGAACUCGAUCUGACCAGAGACAAAUGGAAAAAUGAUACCAGGAGUGGUGAAGCUUUUCAAAAUUACGGAGAUGCUGCUGCAUGUUAUCUAGUAUCUCCUUUAUUCAGAAAUACCACAGCUCAUUGGUUCUGUGAUCCAAAAAACUUCGAGUACGCAACGGUCUCACUUCUCAUUUUUACAUACAUUGAAAAUGGUGACCGCAGGAUUGGAGAGCUGAAGAGCACUUACAAAAGCCUUCUAACGAGCCAAUUGAGCUCGUGUUGGAAAUGUGUUUUGAAGUACCAUGAAAGCCGCCACAAAUUUGUCAAUACUCUGAGGGGAUUCCAUCUCGAAGAGAACCGUAUGAAAAGUUUUCUUGGUAUCCUAGACACUUUUGAUCUCGAAAGGAUUCAGAAGCUCACGUCCAAUCCUGGAACGACAGCAUGUAUCGCCGAUGAAUCAGACGAUCUUAUAUCUAUUUCGGAGGCACUGUUGAUACUUGACAAGAUUGGAAUUGAAUCGAACGAAAGAUUGGAGAAUGAACUCGUACAAAAAAUCUCAAAAAAUCUAGAUGAGAUAAUUGCAUUGACAGGCAGGUACCUGCUUCCCGGGCUUAUCUACCUUUUGUUUUCAGAUAAUGCGUCAGUUCAAAGCAAAUUCGAAGCAGCUUUAUUUUCCGAAGAGUACCGACCUGCGCUGGGUCGUUGUUGGGGAGAAGAUCAAAGCAGGGCCUUGAUAAACAUCUUUGAAAAGAAGGCAAGUUUAGUCAAUGACAACGAUUUUAGCUGGUUUUUACUCUCUCAACUUGUAAAAUCUGUUCAAUUCGAUCAAUUUGAUGAAGUCACUCUUGGAAAGCUCUAUGAAUUGACCUCGCGGGAGACAUCGCAUUCUAUUGGUCCUGGGUUUUUUCUCUGGCUAUCCAAGUUAUCGCUUAGACGGCGGCGGCUUCCAGAAAUUGCGAUGGUCACCCAAAUUCUGAAGAAAAUAGGCCUUGCGAUCGAGAACGGCCUGAAGCCUGCAAGCACACCAGAGUCUGCACAUCUGCAUACCGUGUAUUCCACUCUAGGAGAUAAAGCUUGGCAAAGCUGGAUUGACAAUUUUGAGGAGAUCGUUACCACCUUUCCAGAGUCACAACACAACCAAGAGAGUGUCAAAAGCUUUGUUGACUGGGGCCUGAACUUUUCAGCUAACAAAAAAAUUAAUUUGGCAAUCCUGAACGUUGUAACAGCCUCACUAACUGUCCCUUUCAAACAGCAGUCCUUCGUUACAUAUGCUAGAGAUAUCUCGCUUCGUAUGGGCCUAUUCAACUUAUUGACAGAGCGGACUGAUAGUUUCGUUGAAGCGAUACGAAGGGUGACCCUAGGUACCGAUCAGAACGCAUUAUCCGUUUUAGCCUCCACUAUGAAAUCUCUUGUUCAGUACACUGUUCUGGCCAUCCUCUCAAAAUCACCUGAUUUCACAAUGGAUUCUAAUAUCAAUAGAUCCAAAAAGCUCCCAUGGGAGCUGAUAUUCGCUGAUAAGAAUCUGAUUGAAAUGCGCGAAAGUUUUGCCCAAGCAGUCAUAGCAGGAGCGAGUUUUUCACCUUACUUGGAUCAGCGUUGUGCAACUUACAAGGCGAUCUCUGAGGUAUAUAGAACAACGGGCGUUCUGUGCACCAGAGAUGUGCUGCUUAGGAUUUUUGAAGAUGCAGAUGCCGAGACAGCACUUUUGCUAGCUUGCCUGGGGCUAGAUAACGAUCUGGCCGAGACGGCAAGAAAUAUCUUUGCUCGUCUUUACGCAGAUGAGGAGAAUAGUUUUGACCUCGCAAUUACGAGAUAUUUCGAAAUAAACCCCAAGCGUGCUGUUGCAGUCAUUGUGAAAAUUUCAGAUUCGACGCUUUCGCUUGGAGAGUUCCAGAUUCUUCCGGGCCUAGUCAAACUCUUCAAACUAGUAUUUGAUGUGCUAUAUGAUAGCGAAGAGGGGGUCAUAGAUGAUGUGAAUCAAAAGUUGAAUGCUGUUUCCAGCCCUAUCCUAGAGUUGUGGAAUGUAACUUGGAAAACCAUGACAGUUUCCUUUGGUAGUCUUCGAUCAUGGAGUAAAUCGGCGGCAUUCUCUAUCUCCGUUUUACGUGAGUAUAUUUCGGAUAGCUUGGAGCUUUGCUUGGCUUUACUCAACUAUUUUACUCGUGUGGAAGCUACUAUGCCUGCGGCAACAAAUGGACUCAACCAUGGCAAUGAGUUGGUGGAGGAACCUGUGAAAACACUCGAAAGCAUGGUACCACUCUUGAAAUUGAGAGAUGAAAGCCAGCUGGAUAGUAGUUUCAGGAUAUAUAAGGGCCUGAUCGAGCUUAUAAACAAGUAUGCUGUGAAGGUGCCGCUGUCUCUUCUGGACUACUUCAAAGCUCUUUCUCAAAGCCAAACACUUCUGACGACAGACAAAUAUGCCGAGUUGCUUGCUAUAACAGGUGCCUUCUCCAAUGAAGAAAUGAGUAACCUCGUGAGGAACCUUGAAAGCACAUCGACGAAGGCAUCCUCGACACCUGCCAACGUGACGCAUCAAACCGGUUCAGCUCUCUCGGACAAUACGGCAGUAAUUCAGCCGCGGAUUUCAGAAUCUAGUCGACAUUCCACUACUCGACAAAGAACGAUGGAUAGUUUUUUCACGAAAACGCCUAGAUUACCUCAAACGAAUCCAUCCAGACUUACUGCGCAGGGAGUUACACCAUCCGCACCUAAGGAAUUAUCGGCAAUGGAACAGAUAAGGUUACAGCUAGCUUCACAACAAGCACAUCUUUCGGGGCCAGUUGCACGAAAGCCGUCGCAAGUUCCAAAAGAGAUACACCCUGCGAGACCUGCAGGGUUCAACCGCAAGAAGCAAGACGAACCAAGCGAAAUACGAGCUAAUCAACGUCUUGCGCCUGAAAUUAUCAAGCAGCACGAGCUAAAGGGUCGGGACAGUAGUGGUGAAGGUGAAGAUGAAGACCACGACGAGGACGAGGAUGAAGAUGACGACGAGGCAGGUGUUUUGGUAGCUCUAGGAAGGAAAACCAGAAAUAUCAAUAAUUUGUCGCGUGUGGCUCCUGGGCUUGCGAAUCGCUCACAACGAGCACCUGCUUUAAGUGAAAGCGAGCAGGGGGUGAGGAGAAUGAUGGCAAGGUUAUCAAUAUCGCCCACAGAUCUCCACAAAGCUAUACUCUCUUGGGAUUAUUUUUUAAACUCACCAUUGCCUACGGGAUUUAUAAAACAAACAGUAUCUGUUCCCAACGUUUUUAAAGAUGUCGAGGAGUAUACUAAGGUGAUGGAGCCAUUGUUACACUUGGAGGCCUGGCAAUCCAUACAACGUGCUCGAGAGGAGAAUGAAGACGCUGUGUUAAAGCUUGAAAUAGGGAAAAGGGUCAAUACAGACGAUUUUAUUGAUGUAUAUGCGUCAAUGGAAGCUAAGGAUACUAAUGGAUCCACCGUUGGUGAUUCAGACCUUGUCCUAAUAGCGUAUGACCAAAAUGCAAAUGGUGCUGUUAAACCUAGAAUAGCAAAGGAGAUGAUGCAUUGUCUGGCGAUUGUAAAAGAGGGAAGCUUGAAAACACGAAGGGGCCAGCGCUACACUGAUCUUCAACUUCGAACUUACCAUCCAGGAGAGCUUUCGGCAUUCAUGGCUCAGGGACGCAAACUACUUAUGCAAAGAGUUUGCAGUGUGAUCACGGUAGAGCGUGAGUACAAUGCUUUGAAGGCACUCCCUUACUACGAACUAAAGGAUUCGGUCUUACAGGGGAAAGCAAACCGGCCUGUGAGCCAGGUAGCAACUCAAUCUGGUGAUAUUGACGCGAAGGUUCAGGGCCUGAACACAUCACAGGUACAAGCGAUUGAAACAGCACUUGCGAAUCAAGGCUUCAGUUUGAUCCAAGGCCCACCUGGUACCGGCAAGACUAAAACGAUCUUGGGUAUUGUUGGAAAAUACUUUUCCGGCAUAUCGGGCAGUCAAAAGAAGCGUUUACUCAUUUGUGCACCUUCAAAUGCCGCUGUAGAUGAGAUUGUUCUUCGUUUGAAACUCGGAAUUACGCUGGGAACAGGCCAGAAAUUCUUGCCAAAGAUCGUGCGGCUAGGGAGAAAAGAAGUAAUAAAUCCCGAAGUGAGAGAGUUUUCGCUCGAGAUGCUUGUUGAAAAGUCGAUGUAUUCGAUCGCUUCAGCCCCAGAUGAAGAACUAAAGUCAAAAUUGACCAGUCUGACAACGGAGCGCACAGAGCUUGAAGAAAAGCUAAAGUGCCGUGAUAAUGACGGCCUGGAUCAAGACGCUGUUGUUAAACUGCACGACAAACUGGAGCAAUGUGGCAGAACGAUUCAAGAAUACUCCAGACUUCUAAGCCAGCAACGAAGACAGCUAAAAGAAGAGCGUAUUAGAAAAGAGGCAGAGUACAAGCGGCUCCAGAGCGAAUACUUGACAAAUGCGCAAGUGAUAUGUUGUACGCUCUCUGGUGCGGCUCAUUCAAUGCUAUAUUCUCUUCAGAUGACAUUCCCAACUGUUAUCAUUGAUGAGGCUGCUCAAAGUGUCGAGCUAUCAGCUUUAAUCCCCUUAAAGUACGGCUGCAAACAGUGUAUUAUGGUCGGAGACCCUCAUCAGCUUCCCCCCACAGUACUUUCACAAGAAGCAGCUCGAUUGAAGUAUGAACAGAGUAUGUUCGUGCGUUUCUACGAACGUUCUCCUGAAUCCAUGACCCUUCUCGAUACACAAUUUCGCAUGCACCCUAUGAUUUCAAGGUUCCCUUCGCACGAAUUUUACAAGGGUCAACUCAAAGAUGGAGACGAUAUGGCUCUUAAGACAUCUCGACCUUGGCAUGAGAACGAUAUUUUAUCGCCUUUCCGAUUUAUAGAAGUAUCACAUGGUACUGAGGAGAGGCCGGGUACGAUGUCAUUGCGGAAUCGAGCUGAGGCCGAGGUUGUUGUGCAAAUGAUCUCGUACUUGAUGAGAUGUUGCCCCAAAAUCGACUUCACUAGUAAAAUCGGCGUUAUUGCACCCUACAAGGCACAGCAAACCUACAUAAGCCGACUGAUUCGUGAUAGGUUUGGGGCGAAGAUAGCAGGAAGGAUAGACAUUGCCACUGUCGACGGAUAUCAGGGCCAGGAAAAGGAGAUUAUUAUCAUGUCAUGUGUCCGUGCUCAAAAAGACAAAGAUGGCAUUGGGUUUUUGGCAGAUGUCCGCCGCAUGAAUGUCGCUUUUACGCGUGCGCAAGCCUCCCUAUGGAUUGUUGGCAAUAAAGAGUCGCUAGUCAAAAACAAAGUUUGGGCACGGCUAAUAGAUUAUGCACAGUACAUUGGUAUGUUCUCAAAAUUCAACCAUAGGGAAAAAGAUUUUGGACGAGCUAUCAAGCUGAUGCCGCCACGUUUAGAACUUGCAGCCAAAAAUACCUGGCUAAGGUCUGUCCAGUUUAACUCACAGAAGUCUCGCUCUGAAGAGGAGCCUCCUAAAAAACGGAUUAAGAUGUCCAACAAGCAACACUCGGUUAGUGAAACACGACGGAACAAGACUUCUGAGGGAUACAAAAGAUUGCACAGUCCUACUGAAAGCCCAUCGCAAACAUUCAACGAUACUGAACCAGGCGAACAAAAACCUGCUUCAACUAAAGAACAUGAUUCAGCGAAAGCUCAGGAAAAGUCUCAUUACGACAGUGGCCCAUGGCCUGAGCAAGAUGCUGUCAGAGCCACCAACAACAACCGAGGCAAUGUGGGAGCUCAAUACCUCACAGCAAAUUCAAACUCUCUCCCCGAACAAAUGCAUGUAAAUGGGCGUGAAAAUCAAAAGUAUGCCAAUGAAGGGUCAACUGGACGGCAUGACCCAGAGUAUGCCCAUCAGAAAACCAACCAGCUUGGAUGUCCAGAUAGAGACAGAUCUCCAAGAGCUAGCCAGCGUGGAAGCUCGACUCCUUGUGGCGGGCAGGGCCGUGACGACCUCUAUCAACCGUUGCGAAGACCGAAUAAAUCCUCAAAAGAAGAUUCUUCAAAGGAUAUUGUACAGGACUAUGUUGUUAAAGACUCAUCUCAUACGGACCAUGAAUCACACCAACUGGCUAAAGAAGGCCAUGCAGUUAGGGCGAGCAAACAGCGCAGUUUCGAUGCAACGGCUCGUGCUGGCCACGAGAGACGACGAAAGCCCCAGCUUUUCGUUCCUAGUAAGCGCAAGUUUGAAAAUAACAAAAGAUAG